AUGCCUAUCCAACAAGUGGGAACUGUUGAUGAACUUAUCGCUGCUCUUUUAAGUCAUAGCGAUGAUCGCGCAGAUUUUAUUGUAAAGCAUAUUUUUCCUAUUCUCAGACAACUUCCACAACCAUUUUUCUUGCAAAAUGCAGCAGACAAUAGAGAUCCUCUCGAACUUCUUGAUCCUUGCCUUUAUACUGUGCCUUAUGUAUACUUUCUCACCGCACGUUGUAAUGUAGAAAGACCUGAUGUGGCUAAUUUAUUAACUCAUAUUCUUGAGUUCUUGCGAAGCUUCGAUCCGAUUCAUAUUCGACUGGUACCCGAAAAAUUUCUACAAGUUGCUCAAGGAUUAUGCAGGAUAGCAAAUUUAUAUGGAAAUAAUAUAAUUUCCAUCAAACCACUUACGCAUGCUCUUCAAAAAUAUUCACCAUCUCCAAAUCAUUUGACAAAUUUACACCAAUUUUUUAUUAAGGAAUGUUUAUUGACCAAAUGCUAUAGACAAGCACUUCAAAUAUUGGAUAAUGAUAUAACUGAAAUUGAAACCUCGGGAACGGGCAUCUCGUACAUAGAUCAUCUAUUGUACCAUUAUUAUGGCGCAAUGGUAUACAUUGGAUUAAAGAAUUAUACGCGUGCCCUUAACUUCCUUGUAUUGGUCAUAUCUGCACCGGCUGUUGUAACUAGUCAAGUACAAGCUGAGGCAUAUAAAAAGUUUAGUUUAGUUUCAUUGCUGUUGCACGGCAAGAUUAUCCCACUUCCAAAAUAUACUGCAACUGCAGUUUUCCGUUCGAUCAAAAAUCAGUGUCAAGCCUAUCAAGACUAUGCCUCCGCAUUUGAGAGCCUGAAUGUUAAACGUCUUAGGAAUGAGUUUAACAAAUGUAGCGAAACUUUUAGAAAGGACGGAAACUUUGGUUUAGUAAAACAAACUCUUGAUGCGAUCUAUCGGCGCAAAAUUCAACAAUUAACACAAACUUAUUUGACUUUAUCUUUGGUCGAUAUCGCUGAUGCCAUUGGCCUGGAAGGUCGGGAGGCUCCUAAAGUUGCUGAACGUUACAUUCUCCAGAUGAUCGAAUCUCGCGAAAUAUUUGCUACUAUUAGCCAUUCUGAUCAAGCUGGGAUGGUAUCUUUCCACGACGAUCCUGAUAUGUAUAAUACGUCAAAUACAAUCUCCAAGCUUGAGGAACAGAUAGCUAAAGCUACCCAAGUCAGUGAUCGUGUCAUCCAAACUGACCGGCUUAUUGGUUGUAGUAGAGAAUAUCUUGUUAAAAGUAAAAAUAUUGCAUCUGGAGGUGUAAUGCCUGGUGGUAGUCAUAUGGAUGACCAAGAGUUUUUCGCGGGAGGUGGUGGAUUUGACAAUUUCGAUGCUGAUGACGGAGGAAGUGUUAUCGAUAGCACAACUCAAAGCGCAACCAUAAUUUGCUCAAUCUUACCAAUGGACGCUCAAUUUUUUACUGCUGCUGGUGCGUCUGCACCCGCUGCCCCAGCUGUAUCUCCAGCUCCAUCAGCCUCAGCUAGUGUUGCUAAUACACCUACAGCAACAAGUUCUCCUAUUCCGGUUCAAACUACCCUAAUAUUGGAAUAUAUAUUGGUAUUGCCAUAG